AUGCCUCCAAAGCAGGCUCAAUGCAAACAUGUCAUCAUAUCCGAUGAGGAGCUUAAAUCUGGAGUUACCUCAUUGGAGAAUGUACAAGCUGGAGUGGAAGAAUUCCACAAGAAUGGAAUCGUCGUUUUUGAGAACGCCAUUCCUCACGAUAUCAUCGAUAAAUUCCACGAGAAGAUGAAUGCCGAUGGAGCCAAAAAGUUGGAAGAUCCGAAUCUGGCUUUCAACCAUGGCAACGAAAAAACCAAUUUCUCCAUAUCUCCUCCUCUAUCCAAGGAGUGGCUUGUCGAAGAUGUAUGGGCCAACAAACAUGCGGCAGCCGUCAUGGAAGCUAUUAUUGGGAUACCACAGCUCGUAUAUGCAGGUAGCAAUAUCAAUCUACCAACGCAAGACUCGACUUCUCGCCAAGCAGUUCAUGUUGAUUCGUACGCCGAUCAUCAUAAUUUCCCCACCUGCAUCGAAAGUUUCAUGUACCUCCACGAUGUAUCUCCCGCGAAUGGCUCCACGGAAAUCUGGCCUGGUUCCCAUCAUGAUUGGAAUUUCAAGGAUCUAGCUAGCCAUGGUCGAGGCUGGAUCAAAGCAUCCAAAUUCAAUCGUCGUGCCGAAUACUCUCCUCCCUUCCAACCAACCAUUCCCAAGGGAUCAAUUGCCAUCCGCGACCUUCGUCUCUGGCACUCCGGCAUGCCGAAUCUUUCUGAUCAAAAUCGUAUCAUGGUUGGAUUUAUAUAUUUUCCCCGCUGGUACCGCAACCCCAUGCGCAUUACUCUCCCAUCCAACUGUCGCUUCAUCGUACAAAAAUGGAAACAAGUCGACGCAAUUGGAGCCACAGAAUUUGUAGUUGGAGAAAUAGAUCACCUGGAUUCGAAACAGAGUAUGUUGGAUGCGUUAAACUUUACACAGGAUCCGGAGAAGGGAAUCAAGCAAAUUCGAGAAGAGAUUGAUUUGGAGCAGGGCAGAAAACCGAAUGCUGCGUUGAGUGUUACGGAGAAUGAUUAUUGGGUUCCGGGGAGGGAGAAAUUGAGUGAGAGGAUGGCGAUGCCUGCGUCUGCUAAGGAGAAGGGAAAGCAGAAGGGGAAGGCAAAGUCAAAGGGGAAGCCGAAAAUGAAGGGGAAGAGUGCCCAUAAUGAUCCUUUGAAGCUGCAGGGUGAAGGGGUGAAGAAAAAUACCAGGAAACCGAGAAAGAAGAUUACGAGAGAAACGAAGCCUACGGAAUGA